UGGACCAACAGUGAGCCCAAACGGAAAGCCCAUAGAACAAAGCCGAAAUCGACUACUAAGCUCCUUACGACGCCGGUGAUCGGACACGAUGAAGCGGUAAUGAACCAAAAUGAAGAAAACGCCGCCGUUGACGGCACGUCACGAUACCGAUGGUGGGCCGCUGCGAGUACAGGUCAGUUACUAUGGGGAAUUUACGCUUAUAGGAGAGGGUUUGCCGGCGAAUGUCGAAUGAUGCCACUUAAAGCCUUCGCCGUCGCCUCGCUUUUCGUUGGCGCGACCGCCUCCGCCUCUAUGGCUUCUCUUUGCGCCUGCGGCAUCCACUCGGUGGAAGACAUGAAGGUUGUCGGGGAAAGUAUAAGAACCGGACUUGGGUUGACACGAAGGGCACGAGAAGACUGACUACUUUAGAGCACUAUCGCGAAUCAGUAGCCUUAAGACGAUUGACCAAGGAAGAUCUCCAUCUGUGUAGUUUCUUGCUAAACUCAAUUCCAAGGGGAGCACAUAUCCGAAAGGGUAUCUACCCCAGGCAUGUACCUAAGUAAUAAAAUGGAUGACAUUUGUUUUCCUAUAUACAAGGUUAAUUUAUACUUAGUGGAUAAGUAUAUCCAACUAUGCACUGGCAUAUUGUAUCAUAUCAACUGCAUCUACGACAGCUACAAGAGCAUCAGUUGUUUGGGUUUAA